AUGGGAGAACAGCCAGGCCUAACAGAGAAGGAAAUCGACGCGGAGAACACCAUUGAGGAGCCGACCCCUACAGCCAAGGAAGAAUGCGGUGAUCAAAAAAACGCUGAAGAAGACCAACAAAAGACGACGGGAGCGGACUCCAGCUCUGAAGAAUGGCAACACCUUGAUAAUACUGUCCCCGACGAGGCAUCUUCUUCGCUUGGUUGUCCUGUGAAUAAAGACCUAGAGGACACUAUACCAGAUGACUCCCAGAAAGGCUUGGUGGAAGAGAGUACCAAUACGGUUAACACGCCAACAUGCAGCGAUACAACAAAGGAAGGAAGCCAACUAGGCGAUGACGAAGCCAUUGAAACACAUGUUGACGAGGGUGAGCCACCAGCCACAAUUUCGUCUAGCGAAAACAAAGAUGUCGACCAGGGCAAUUCGAGCCCUAAUCGCGAAAGACUUGACGAAGAGGUGAACUUACUUGAUAGCAAAGAGAAGUGGACCAAUGCAGAAGGAGAAGACAGCGAAACACACGAAUCCGAAAACAAUAACGUCGACGACAACCAAGCCCACAAGAUCGACGAGAAUAUUGGCAACACAAUCAAUGGCGACCAAGUCAAUGAAGAAAUUGCCGAAGAGACGAACGAUAACGGGAUUCAUCAUAACAGUGAGGGGGAGAGUAGUGAUACUCAAAAUGACGGAUAUAACGGUGAAGAAGACAACAGCCAGCGCGAUGACGAUGACGAAGACACCAAGUCUGCCUCCAGCACAGAUAGCAACUACUUUUUCAAAACAUGGAGGUAUUUACCAGAAGACGAAGACAUUGCUGAAGGGAAUGAGAUGGACCUGAAGUUUGAUGAUCAAGCCAUUGAAGACCUUGAAGCCAAUGUGAACGACAUGGACGAUGAAUCGCCCUCCCGCUUGGAAUGGCUUAGACAGAAACGGCUGCUAGCUGGGCUGCAGCUAUCCAAGAAUGAACAGCGCCUUGAACGGUUGAUGGAUCGUGUAAUGUGUCUGAUUGGCCAGGAGAAUAUCAAGGCUCAAUUUCUGGCCCUUAAAGCCAGAAUUGAAGCAGAUAAGGCGCGGGGCGAAGACUUCAAAAAUGCCCAUCAUGACAUAAUGAUCACUGGAAGCAUAGGAACCGGAAAAACAAUCGUGGCCAAGCUCUAUGCGGAGUUCCUUGCUUGUUUUGGUCUUGCGGCGAGGAGUAUCAGCCAUUAUUCAGGGUUCCACGUGGCAUGCAAAGAAUUCCACCGUUGGCACCCGUCAGAAGGAGUCAUGUUCAUUAACCGAGCCGACCAGCUUACAACACAUCCAACAGUGACUGACGAGUUUCUCACUUUCAUGCGGAACUUUGAUGGAGAUAUUGUGGUCAUUCUGAUCGGACCGCACAAAGGGUUCAGUGAUACCGGAGCGUCUCGCCUCUUCUCCAUGAAAUUGGCUCUCGAGGACUAUUCUGAUGAAGAAAUCCAUCGCCUGUUGGUUCGUAUACUGAAAAAGGCUAAGUUGCACGUUGAAGGGGGUUGGGAUGGACCGUGUCUAAAAAUCCUGACUCGUCGAAUUUGUCUUACGCGAUCAGAUAACGCUUUCAAUAAUAUCCUUGCUUUGCGCACUGUUCUGGAACUGGUGAUGAAUCGUCAAGCUUUGCGACUCCGCCAGUCAUUAGGAGACACGGCAGCCAAGCGCGCGAAAGCAGCCAAGCGCGCGAAGGAACCCAACUAUAACUAUCUGACAAAACUCGAUCUUCUCGGACCAGAACCAGUGAACAAACUCAGAGACAGCGAGGCCUGGAAGCAACUGCAAGACAUGAUCGGGUUCCAGGAGGUCAAAGAGAUGGUCGAUGAACUGGUGCAUCAAGCAAACACCAAUCAUCACCGUGAGCUUCAAGGCCUAUCUCCACUUGAUAUACCCUUGAACAAGGUGUUCUUAGGCCCUCCAGGUACUGGAAAAACCACAGUCGCCAAGCUAUAUGGGCAGAUUAUUACCGAAAUCGGUCUCGUCUCUGGUGAUGAGGUUGUGGUGAAAGACCCAUCUGAUUUCAUUGGGCAAUAUAUCGGCGACUCGGAAGCAAACACCAAGGAAAUACUCCGUGCUACUGAGGGCAAGGUUCUCAUCAUUGAUGAUGCGCAUAUGCUGUAUCAGGGAACUGGGCAUGGGGCUAAUUGCUCAGAUUCGUUCCGGCUCGCUGUUGUGGAUACGCUAGUUACAAAUACUUCGAAUGAACCCGGCGAUGACCGUUGUAUUAUCCUCAUUGGUUAUCCGGACCCGAUGAAGGAGUUCUUCAACAACAGUAACCCGGGGUUACGACGUCGAUUUCCAUUAGAAGAGGCUUUUCACUUUGAAGACUACUCAGUCGAUCAGCUUGCCAUGAUUCUUGACCUGAAAAUGUCGCAUGAUGAAAUAGAGGCUACCGACCAGGCCAGAAAAGUUGCCCUAGAAGUUCUUGCGAGGGCUCGAGACCGGCCCAACUUCGGAAAUGGAGGUGAUGUCGAGAAUUUGCUUGGCAAAGCAAAAGCGGCCUUUUACAAGAGAUUGAGGGGUGUUAGGAACCGAAAGGAAAAGAAGAUCGAGGCCUCCGAUUUUGACCCAGAGCAUGAUAGGGCCUUCAAUGGUAGCAAGGCAUGUGAUUCACUCCUCUCAUCAAUGAUCGGCAUGGACAGUAUCAUCUCCCUUUUCAGAAGUUAUCAAAAGGUAUCGUCCGGAAUGCGAUCGCAGGGGAUUGAUCCGCGUCCAUAUAUCCCAUUCGCGUUUGUCUUCAAGGGCCCACCAGGGACUGGAAAAACUACUACAGCUCGCAUUCUUGGUGAUAUAUUCUACGAAAUGGGAUUCCUCUCCACCUCCGAAGUCAUUGAUUGCUCUGCGACAGAUUUGAUAGGCGAGUAUGUAGGGCAAACAGGACCCAAGGUGAUCAAUCUUCUGGAGCGGGCUUUGGGCAAGGUACUAUUUAUCGACGAAGCUUAUCGGCUAGCGGGAAAGUCCACUGGCAACUGCUCGAGCUUUGCUAAUGAAGCUGUUGGAGAGUUGGUCGACUGUAUGACAAAGCCACGCUACUCUCGCAAGCUCGUGAUUGUUCUAGCUGGCUACUCGGAUGAUAUGGAUAGGCUACUUCAUAUGAAUACGGGUUUACGGUCUCGGUUCCCCACCGAUAUUGUCUUUCCAUCGAUGAGCCCAGCUCACUGCCUUGAAUAUCUUGAAGUGCAGCUAGGGAAGCUCCAGAUAAGAGUGGAUCGAAGCCCUACCAUGAGUGAAUGGGAAGAUUCAACUGUUCGGGACCUGUUCGCCCGGUUGCAAAAGACAAGGUCUUGGGCAAAUGCCCGGGAUGUUGAAACACUGGCUCGCAAUAUCGUUUUCGAGGUGUACAAGAGUCAACGGGGCACCAGUGACUCCGACCUCAGCGUUUCUAUGGACGAUAUUAUGAACUGUCUAGAUGAUAUGCUGGACCAGCGCGACCAGUCUUCUGAAUGA